AUGUCUCUCGAACUCGAUCCCGUCGAGCUUGGCUUCAAGCGCCCGUUCCAGCACGAGGUGUCGCAGACCCUUCGCCUGAAGAACCCACAUUCGGACCCCGUCGCUUUCAAGGUAGGCAGCCCUCCCCUCUGGCGCAUUGCACGCCAUCACCGCUGUGCUGCCACUCGUCUCCAUGACCAUAGCUGA